GUCCGUCCUGGGUGCUCUAAGGGUUUACAUGGCGGCAGUCGGACCGCAGACCGGUCCCGGAACCGGAGCAGAGGCCCUGGUGCUGGCGACAGAGCUACAGAGCGAGGCGACAUGCUCCAUCUGCUUAGAACUCUUCCGGGAGCCUGUGUCGGUCGAGUGCGGCCACAGUUUCUGUCGCUCCUGCAUUGCCCGUUGCUGGGAACGCCCGGGCUUGGGGACCACCGGUGCGCUCCGUGCGCCACCGCGCCCACUGUCCUGUCCCCAGUGCCGGGAGCCGGUGCGCCCCAGCCAGCUGCGGCCCAACCGGCAACUGGCGGCAGUGGCCACGCUGCUGCGGCGCUUCAGUCUGCCUGCCGCCGCCCAGGAGAAGAACGGAUCCCCGGAGGCGCAGGUCUCCGACACCGCGACGGGUUGCGCACAGCAUGGAGAACCGCUCAAGCUGUACUGCCAGGACGACGGGCGAGCGAUUUGCGUGGUGUGCGACCGCGCCCGGGAGCACCGCGAGCACGCGGUAUUGCCUCUGGACGAGGCGGUGCAGGAAGCCAAGGAGCUCUUGGAAUCCAGACUGAAGGUUUUGAAGAAGGAACUGGAGGACUAUGAGGUGUUCCGGUCCACGGAGGAGAAGGAGAGCAAGGAACUCCUGAAGCAGAUGGCAGCUGAGAGAGAGAAGGUUGGAGCGGAGUUCCAGGCACUCCGGGCCUUCCUGGUGGAGCAGGAGGGGCGGCUUUUGGGUCGCCUGGAGGAGAUGUCCAGGGAAGUGACACAGAAGCAGAAUGAAAACCUGGCCCAGCUUGGUGAUGAGAUUUCCCAGCUUUCCAAGCUCAGCAGCCAGAUCCAGGAGACAGUUAGAAAGCCUGACCUUGACUUCCUCCAGGAAUUCAAAAGUACACUAACCAGGUGCAGCAACAUUCCUGGUCCCAAGCCAACUACAGUGUCUUCUGAGAUGAAGAACAAGGUUUGGAAUGUUUCCCUCAAAACUUUUGUCUUAAAAGGGCUUCUAAAGAAGUUCCAAGAGGAUCUUCGGGGAGAACUGGAGAAGGAAGAGAAAGCGGAGCUCACCUUGGACCCCAACACGGCCAACCCCCGCCUCCUUCUCUCCUUGGAUCUGAAGAGUGUGCGCCUCGGACCGCGAGUGCAGGACCUGCCCAGUCACCCCUGCCGUUUCGACACCAACACCCGUGUCUUGGCGUCCUGUGGCUUCUCCUCUGGGCGGCACCACUGGGAGGUGGAAGUGGGUUCCAAGGAUGGCUGGGCCUUCGGUGUGGCUCGCGAGAGUGUACGCCGCAAAGGCCUCACCCCCUUCACCCCCGAGGAGGGUGUCUGGGCACUGCAGCUCAACAGUGGCCAGUACUGGGCUGUAACCAGCCCUGAACGGACACCCCUCAACUGUGGGCAUCUGUCAAGGGUGAGGGUGGCGCUUGACCUGGAGGUGGGCGCUGUGUCCUUCUAUGCGGUGGAAGAUAUGCGCCACCUCUAUACCUUCCGCGUCAACUUCCAGGAGCGGGUGUUCCCCCUUUUCUCCGUCUGCUCCACUGGCACCUACUUGCGCAUCUGGCCUUGAGAGCCAUUGGCCAGCCAGAUCUCCAACACUUCUACCCCGGGUUGCCCAAGAGUAGCUGAUACGGAACACAGCGUCGGAAGUAUGAACAAUGAGUGACCGGCUGAGCACCGGAAGAGGUGCCUUGGACCUUCGAGCCUGCUCCUUGCUGCCAGCAUGUGCGCUGGCCUGCACUAGAAGGUGGAAACAGUGAGGGCGGACAAGUGAACAUCUCUCAGCAGGAGUGCUUCCUGUCGCACGGCUCUAGGUCCUGACUCAGAAGGGCUGUUGGCUCCCUGUAACUAUGUCGCAUCCUGGGCUGGUGCAAGGGGGCGCUUCCGGGCUUUGCUUAGCAGGCUUCAUGUCUUCUGCUUUGCUUUUGAUCAGCUGCCAGCUCUGCCUCACCAGCUCAUGAGAGCUCUGCCCUCAGCCAGCCUGAGGACGCACUUAGCACGGAGGACAGUCUGGGCCACCCCUGGAAACAGAUCCUUUACCCAUGUGAGGAAAAGCCCAUGAAAACAGCACAGCGACGCUGCUACUGCCCACCACGCCUUAGUCUGGCGAUGUGAAGUGCCUAACUAACCACGGUGAUAACCAAUAUUUGUCCUCACUCCUACUCAGCUCCAUGUUUUCCAAUGCCAAAGUACUCUCAUCUGGGGAAGGGGAAUAAAGACU